CCAGGGGAGGCCCUUGAAGGGAUUUUCUAAUAAGAUGUCUACCAUGGAAUCUCAAAAAUUUUAAAUUUCAACUUCUUUAAUAAGAGUUUGCAUCUGCUUCUUCCCGGGACAUAUAUCUGCACUCUUCAAAAUAUCAGACAUUGUCUUCUAAAUUUCAGUAAUGAGUGAAGUAGUUUAUUCUGAUGUGCGACUUCAACAUCCAUCUCAGCCACAGAGAAGGCAAGGACUUCAAAAACCUGAAAAAAAAUUUCUAUCAGAUUUUAGGUGUGAAGAUUUUCCUGCUCAUCCCUCAUGGAAAUUCAUUGCCGUGAUACUGGGGAUCUGUUGCAUGGUGCUUCUUUUGUCUGUUGGACUCUUAACUGCAAGGUUGAACCAGAACUCAUUCAAGGUUGGAAGAUUUACUGGAAAUGAAACAGCUUGGAUAUAUCCUACUUGUCCCUUUGACUGGCAUCAACGUGGAGAAAACUGCUACUUUUUCUCAAGAGAAAAAAAUCAAUGGAUAGAAUGUGAAAGGCUUUGCAGUCGUCUAGAGUCAAGAUUUCUUAAAAUGGAUACUGAAGAUGAAGUG